AUGCCAUACUCCAUUGUUACCACGCCAAUAGGUUCCAUCAGCGUCACUGGGGGGUGUUGUCCAAUUUCACAGAAGGUCAUAUCCACUAAGACAACAGUGCUUCACGUCCAUUGUCAGACGAUCCUCGAGUCCUGCAAGGAAAGAGGGCCGUAUUUUCCACUAAUUCAUGCACGCUUGUCUCGUGUUGCCAUAUCAAGCGGCUGCGGGCGUUUGUCGAUUGUGGCGUUGUUGACGUGGUAUUCAGUAUAUCAUACUACAAGCCGAGGCGUUCUGUCCAUGAGCUUGGUUGUUUAUGACGAGGUUGGGGCGACAAACUGCGAUUCUUUCCGGAUGUAA